UACCACAGAUGAUUUUACACAUUUCUACUAAAUGUGUCUAAAUACUGUUGUACCUGAACAGCUAAGUAUUCAACAAGUAUUCACAGGGGGUUCUUCAAGCACCAGUUGCAGGCUAAAGAGCAGACUAGUUUGUCUGGUGGAUACUUUAAUGAACCACUGUGAAGUCACAUUUUAUGGCAGGAGGCUUCUUGAUUUUGUGUGGUUAAAAACAUACCAGCAUACCAAACCUGAAAAGUGCACACAGCAUUCUGCUAAAAGUACAUCUUUAUUUUUCUCUUUGGCAAAAGCUUCAAUCUUCACAAGCACAUUUUAGUGUUUUUUAACAUUUAGAUCACAAUGACGAGGUAAAAACAUGCUGCUGAAUCAUCCCUCAACUGAUGACUUUUCUCGUCUGGCUGGAUGCUCAACUUUCUGGAACUCCCUGAUUCAAUUCAUCUUUUAGUUUGUUAGUUAGUUGGUUUGGAGACAGUUUGUUGUUGUAUCUGACUGCUCACAGCAGUACUCUCAGACUGUCUGACAUGUGUAUUUUGUGUUUUUGCAGGCUGUCAGGAUGUCUGAUCACAGAGGAUGGCUGUGCUUCUCUGGCCUCAGCUCUGAGCUCCAACCCCUCCCAUCUGAGAGAGCUGGACCUGAGCUACAAUCAUCCAGGACACUCAGGAGAGAAGCUGUUGUCUGCUCAACUGGAGGAUCCACAAUGGAGACUGGACACUCUCAAGGUGCAGUCUGCUGGAGUCCAAUGGUUGACACCAGGUCUGAGGAAGUAUUUCUAUGAACUCACACUGGAUCCAAACACAGUAAACAGAAAUCUCAAACUGUCUGACAACAACAGGAAGAUGACAUGUGUGAAGGAGGAUCGGUCAUAUCCUGAUCACCCAGACAGAUUUGACUUCUGGUCUCAGCUGCUGUGUACAAAUGUUCUGACUGGUCGCUGUUACUGGGAAGUUGAGUGGAAAGGAGGGGUUUACAUAUCAGUGAAUUACAGAGGAAUCAGCAGGAAAGAAGACAGUGAUGACUGCAAGUUUUGAAUGAAUGAUCAGUCCUGGAAUCUGUACUGCUCUGAUCGUGGUUACUGUCUGGCACAAUAAGAGAGGAACAUCCAUCCCCUCCUCUUCCUCCUCUUCCUCCUCUUCCUUGGUCUCUAACAGAGUAGCAGUGUAUGUGGACUGUCCUGCUGGCAUUCUGUCCUUCUACAGACUCUCCUCUGACACAGUGAUCCACCUCCAAACCUUCAACACAACAUUCACUCAGCCUCUGUAUCUUGGGUUUGGGUUUGGGUCAGGUUGGUCUCGUUCACUGUCUCUGUGUCCUCUGUAGGAGGGUUAGAGUCUCCUCCUGUUAGAGAAACUUCCUCAUGUUAUUAGUACAAACCUGAUCUUUCACAGGGUGUAAAGGUUACAUCUAAACCCAACAUAGUUUCCACAUGACUGAGUGGCAGUUUGUUUUUCAGUCACAUAUACUGUACAUAUACAGUACAUGUUGUUAUAUGAUCUCUCUCUCUCUCUCUCUC